GGGAGCCAGCGAGCAAGUGGGCAGGAAGAGGUGCUGCUAUUGGCAAGCGACGGGGCGAGCUGGGAGCGUUGCUGCGCGCAGGGGGAGAAGCCGCCACUCUUGCUGCAGAACUCCCCCUCCUCUCUCUCCAUCUCCUCCCGUCCCCGCAUCCGUGCAUGGUGGCGUCGCCAUGGCUUGGCCCUGCAUCAGCCGAGUGUGCUGCCUGGCGCGCUUCUGGAACCAGCUGGACAAGUCGGACCUGGCUGUGCCGCUCACCAUCCACAAUUACUCCGACAUCGACGAGCCGGCCGACGAGGGGACGGACGCGGCCGGCGCCCCGCCGCCGCCUCCGCCUCGGAUCCCAACAGGUGGCAGCACCAGCAGCCGCCCCCACCAGACCCACCCGCGGGCGCCCGCCGCCGCCUCGCUGCCCGUCUCGGCGUCCGCCCCGUCGCUGCAGGACGGCUUGGGGGGCGCCAGGAAGCCGUCGAAGAAGACGCGCGGCGGCUACCGGAAAGAGCCCUUCGCCGCCGAGACUCAGUACCAGCAGGAUUUCCAAGCGUGGCCGGUGCAGAAGCGGGACGCCCUGCCCUGGAUCGGGGAGUACAGGCGGGUGGAAGCCCCCGGGGCGCCCCCCGCCGCUGCUGCCGCCGCCGCCCCGGCCGCCCCUUCCCACGCCGCGAUCCCGGGGGGCUCCCACGUGUACGUGCUGCCGGCGGCCGGGCAGGAGGUGGUGGGCAGCAAGUACAGCGGCUUUAAGCAGGUGUGGUCCUCCUCCUCGCCGCCAGGCGGCCCCGAAACCUCCUCCUACAGGCAUGAAUAUCGUCCAUGGACUGGAGCAAAACGAUCAAGGCCUACAAAGACGACACAGGGUUUCAUUAUUCCAGAGGAUCACUUUGCGCAAGAAUCCAGCUACAAAGCAGACUUUAAGGGAGGCAUCUGAGGAAGAAUAAAGUCUGCAAUUCUAAACAUGAUUCCUGAAAUGAAGACUAAGUUUUCUCCGAAUCCUUCUGCCGUUUUCCAGGCGCCAUCUCGCAUCCUCAAUGUAUGAAUCUGGAUCAUGCACAUUUCCCAUCCAGGCAGCUUGAAUGUUAAGGUUGUGAAAAUGUACAGCUAUGCAACUUUCACGAGUGGUGUUGAGAUAAGAACAAGGAUUAUUAAAAGCAGCUACAGCGAAUAUCAGAAUUUAUGCAUCUAUUAUGAACAUGUAAAUCAAAAAGCACUUGAGUUGGAGAUGGUGGAAAAUACUAGGGGAGAAUGACCUACUUUCAUAGAAAUAGGCUCAUUAACAGUGGGCUGACUGGCUUCAGUAUUCCGGAUAUUGACACUGGUCAGCAAAAAAGCAGCAUUUAAAGCUAUAAGCUUAUGCUGAAGAACACAAUGGGGCAGGGUUGAGUAAGGUGUAUAGUAAAACACUCCCCUCUCAAUGUUGUAUAGCCACACUGAUAAGAAAAUGAAAGUGAGACUCGGUAGCUUUUGAACGUUGCUGUUUCUUUUUACAUCUGGGGAUCAUCCUCAAAGCAUAUAUCAUAUUGUUGCAAAGACUUUUGAUGUCUCCUUGCUGAGGGUCUUUCAAGGUGAACAGGGUGGCCCUUGAGCCGUUUGCCCUAGAUUGUGCUCCACACAAAUGCUGACUGGAUUUUAGAGGGUUCUGAACAAACAGAAGCAAUAUUUUAUCUUUCAGAGGUCCUUACUCCAGUUAAAUGCUUCACCAAAUUCCUUCCAUUUCUGUGGAGCUCUUUUGAUAGGAGCUGUGGUUGGUUUCAAGAUUGUUUCUUUUUUGGAGAGAGGUUUUCCUAGGACUCACAGUCUCACAUCUCUGCUUCAUUUCCUCCUGGAUAGGCCAAAACCUUUUAUUUCCUUAAGAGCCCAGUGCUUGGUCAUUCUGAGGCAAAGCACAAGCUUCUCUUAAGUUGGUGUGCAUACAGACUCAGUAUUCACAUCCAUUUUAGAAUACCCCCCCAAGGUCUAGAGACUUUAUUCUGGAACUGAAAAUCAAGACUUGAUCGAGAUUUAUUUCUAUCCCACAUCUUUAGUAGGCCAAAAGAAUCCCCAGAGCAAUACUAUUGAAUGAAACAGGGAUUUUUAAAAGCUUGGUGACUUUAUUUAUUUGUACACUGCCUACUUAAUAGGACCUUGAGAUAGCGUACAUUAAAGCAUCUAAAUAAAACAAAAACCAUAGAAAUAUAACUAAAAACACAAGAUAACAGCCAAAGGAUCACAGCACCAUAAACAUUUCCUAAUUUUAAUACCCAGCACCAACUACUCCUGCUGGGCCUACAUACAAUAGCUAGGAUACACCUGUCAAAAAUAGUAGACCUCACAUUUAUGGUCACUGAGGUAUAUUUAUAUAUUUCUCCAGGAAGUGCAUUCCACAACUUUGGUAUAGCCGCCCUGAAGUACCUGUUACAUUUUUAGGGUUGGGGAAACUAUUACAUCCUGUGGAGAGAAAAAAACCAUCAGAGGGAAAUUGCAAGGGAAAUUGAAACAUUCCCAAAAAAGUACCAGCUUUUAUUGGAAACUGGAAGCACUAACUUGUUUAGCUCACAACAUUGCAAUGGACCAGAUGUUAAAGCAAUGACCAAUUCAAGUUGUAAUAGUGCUAUUUAAUAUGUAUGUAAAUAUUGUACAUAGAGAGAACAGAUGAUUUUUUCCUCAAAAUAAUAAGAGUAUGCUUAGUAUUCUUUUAGUUAUCAUUAAUUGUUUUGAGAAUGCAAGGUAGAAAAUUUAUUGCCUUCAAAAUCCUAAAUUAUUGCCUGCAUAUUGGUAAUGCUAGUACUAAAGAAAUGUUACAUAGUGGCUAUUAUAAGAACAUAAUUUGCAAACAGGGAUCAUUUUAAAAUUUCAUUAUUCUACAUUUUUGAAUCGUAUUGAGACAAAAGCAGCUUUUGCCUAGGCUCUUUUAAUAAACCAUUUCUUAGUGUUAGUUCAGUUCCUCAUAUAUUGUAUAUAUUUUAUCAAAAUAACUAAUUGCCAACUGACAUUUGUAAAUGUCAGAAUGAUCUAUUGCCCUGAUCCUAGGGACUUCAGUGUACGUCACUCCUUUGGUGGUAGGCUGGGGUCCACCAGAUGAUGUUGGCCUCCAAGUCCCAUCAGCUUCAGCCAACACGGGCAGCGGUCAAGGCUGAUGGGAGCUGUAGUCUCACCAACACGUGGAGGGUCACAGGUUCUCCACUGCCGGUGAACAGAUUCUGGUGGGCUGUAUUCAAGCAGGGACUUCAUGGUGCUCCACACAAAUGCUGACUGGGUAUUGGUGGGUUCUGGAAAAAACCAAAAGCAAUACUUGAUCUUUGGGAGGCCCCAAGGCCCUUACUCCAAUUAUACAUGUAUGUGUUUGUAUUGGAGUCGUGGGAGCUUUGCACUGGCGCACUCGAAUUUGACAUUUGCCCAUUAGAAUUAAGAAGUUCUUGAUAACAUAAAUAUUCAAUUUGUUCAUAAGUGUCUAAGCAAGAACCAUAUUGGGUAUAAUCCUGAGAAAACUGGGCGUCCCAAACUCCCAGUUAUUACAAGAAAAAGACAUAACUGUCAGCUCACCCUCUACUGGUGUCAGGGGGAUGUUGAGGUGCCUAACAGGAUUUCAUCACCGUCAAAGGCUUGGGUGUGCCCAAUAGGAGUUUUUUUUCAUUUCAUUUUUCUUCGUACAUCAUGCCAUAUCACAAACUGCUUUUGGAACUCAUUCUUCAUCUACUUCAUAAGUGGGUGCUUGUCUAAUCAUUCAGAUUUCAUACAGGGACCAUUUGACAGAUGGCCCUACAUCUAAUGUAAGCACAUGCAGAAAGAAUUUGGGGAAGGGAAUGGGGAUAAGAAUCAUGGUCUUUCAGGAACAUAGUUAAAAUAUUCUUUGUUGCAUGUUGAAUGUUUCUGAGUAAAAACCUGUUUAUUCUGCUUGACGAUUUCUGAUAUAUUUAAGCAGUUGAGUUUUAACUGGUUCAGUUAUUUGCAAUCCAGACUUUUACUAAACAGACAAAAGAAAACCACACUGCCUAUUUGGUUUCUGUUUUUAAUUUAAUAAGAUUUCUUAAAAGGGAAAAAAAAAGAUGACAACAAAACAGCUAUACAUGAAGUUUGUAUUUUAUGGAGUCAAAAGAUAAAUUUAAUAAAAAUGUAUUUUGGCUACA